AAAAAAAACACAUCUGCGAACCGUCGGCCAACUAUUCGGACUGGCGAUCCGACGGAGUCCCGGCGGUCCGUGCACAUCAUCACUCGCAAAGGGUCCCUCUCGUUCGACCCACCACCCAUCCUCAUGUCUCUAACCACCCUUGCCAUACUCAGAAAAGGUCUGCCGGCGUCGAAACGCGUCCUCAUCCGCAGCUUCGCAUCUGUGCACUCCUCAGAUCUUAGAAAAACCGGGCUGUAUGAUUUCCAUGUCGCACACGGCGCGAAGAUGGUGCCCUUUGCUGGGUAUUCGAUGCCCCUGGCGUACGGCGACGUGGGACAAGUCGCCAGCCACAACCACGUCCGUACUGACGCAGGGCUGUUCGACGUCGGACAUAUGGUCCAGUCCAAGUAUGCGUCGCCCUCUGUGCAAAAACGCCUUGUCCUGACGAUUGAGCUUGAUAGCUUCCGUGGGCCGACUGCGACCGCUUUCCUCGAGUGGAUGACGCCAUCGUCUCUCUCCUCCCUAGCUCCGUAUACCUCCACCCUAUCCGUUCUCUUGAACGAACGUGGGGGCAUCAUCGACGACCUCAUCAUCACCAAACACGCGGAGGAUGCCUUCUAUGUGGUCACUAACGCCGGCCGGCGCGACCGCGAUCUGCCGUGGUUCGCGGCGAAGCUGGCGGAGUGGAACGCCGGUGAGGGCGGUGCUAAGGGUGCCGUCGAGAUGGAGCAGCUGGAUGGUUGGGGACUGGUUGCGUUGCAGGGACCCAAGGCCGCGGCGUACUUGCAGAACCUGACAUCCUAUGAUCUCUCCACCCUCACCUUUGGUAAAUCCGCAUUUGUGCCGAUCGAGGGCUUCAAUUUGCAUGUCGCUCGAGGAGGGUAUACUGGCGAAGACGGUUUUGAGGCAAGGAAGGAUAUCUCUGCAUGCGAUCGUUUUUUGAUCCCUCUCCAGAUCUCUAUUCCGCCCUCGCAGACUGCCGAGGUUACGGAACUUCUAUCUAAACCGCCCGUGCAGCUCACUGGGCUCGGUGCCCGGGACAGUCUUCGUCUCGAGGCAGGCAUGUGCCUGUACGGCAACGACCUCGACGAAGACACCUCCCCCGUCGAGGCAGGGCUCACCUGGGUUAUUGGUAAAGAGCGGAAGGAGACGGGUAACUUCAUUGGCGCAGAGGGCGUGCGCCAGCAAUUGCAGCAGGGACCAUCUCGUCGGCGUGUCGGCCUUGUCGUUGAUGGCGCUCCCGCCCGACAGGGCGCCAAGAUCUUCGACGUCUCACAAAAGUCGCCAUUGGGUUCCAUCACGUCUGGGAUCCCGUCGCCGACGCUUGGACAAAACAUCGCAAUGGGAUACGUGUUGAAUGGGUGGCACAAAAAGGGAACCGAUGUCUUGGUCGAGGUCCGCGGGAAGAUGCGCGAGGCGAAGGUCACGCCCAUGCCUUUCGUCAAGCCCAAGUACUGGCGCGGAGCUGCUGCAUGA